GUCGGGAGCCGUGGUGUUGCUUCCGUGGUGUGAAGGUGCUUUCAGACUUCGGGUUUCCGUUCCUCGCCCUCGCAUUUGAAGCGCGUGGAGGAAGAUGGAGACCGAGUCCGGGGCGGUGAGUACAGCAGGCCGGGCCUCCGGCCCCGGGAUGGCGCGGCAAACAUCAAAUCAGACGCAAACAGAUUCAUUAUCUCCAUCCCCUAAUCCUGUGUCACCUGUGCCUUUGAAUAACCCAACAAGUGCCCCAAGAUAUGGAACAGUGAUCCCUAAUCGCAUCUUUGUAGGAGGAAUUGACUUUAAGACAAAUGAAAAUGAUUUAAGAAAAUUUUUUUCCCAGUAUGGGUCUGUAAAAGAAGUGAAGAUUGUAAAUGACAGAGCUGGAGUGUCCAAAGGGUAUGGUUUCGUCACUUUUGAGACACAAGAAGAUGCACAAAAAAUUUUACAAGAGGCUGAAAAACUUAAUUAUAAGGAUAAGAAACUGAACAUUGGUCCAGCAAUAAGAAAACAACAAGUAGGAAUCCCUCGUUCCAGUAUAAUGCCAGCAGCUGGAACAAUGUAUCUAACAACUUCAACUGGAUAUCCUUACACAUAUCAUAAUGGUGUUGCUUAUUUUCAUACUCCAGAGGUAGCUUCUGUCCCACCACCUUGGCCUUCACGUUCUAUAUCUAGUUCCCCUGUGAUGGUAGCUCAGCCAGUUUAUCAGCAACCUGCAUAUCACUACCAGGCCCCUGCACAGUGUCUACCAGGACAAUGGCAGUGGGGUGUUCCUCAGUCUCCUGCCUCGUCUGCUCCAUUCUUAUACCUGCAGCCUUCUGAGGUUAUUUAUCAACCAGUGGAAAUUGCACAAGAUGGUGGAUGUGUUCCUCCUCCUCUAUCUCUGAUGGAAGUUCCAGAGCCUUAUUCUGAUCAUGGUGUUCAAGCAACAUAUCACCAGGUUUAUGCUCCAAGUGCCAUUGCUAUGCCUGCACCUGUGAUGCAGCCUGAACCAAUUAAAACAGUGUGGAGCAUUCAUUAUUAAGACAAUUGGGCAGCUCUAGUCCAGCUCAACUGAUUUCUUGUCCAGUGAUCCUUGUGUGGCCGAGAUCCAGCUUCGACGAACCGGCUAGAAGCUGCCCGUUGUGACACUUAGGGUUAGUUAAUACCUCGCCAUACUUAUUUAUUCCAUUAUAAGCUGUCUAAAUUUGAUGAAAUUUGCUUUUUCAAAUGUUCUACAAAACUAGGUAGUUGUGGCAUGUUGGUUUAUGUGUUAAUCUAACUGUAGUGACAUUUUCUACAUGUUUUAUCCAUUCCAUAAAUAAUAAUCACAUUGGGAAUAGUGAGGUGUCUUUCAUUUUCUCUGCUUUGUGUUAUUUCUUUUCCUUUCAAUUUUUUUGAAGUAAUGUUUAAUAGUAUUUGCUAUUUAUUUUAAUAUUUAGGAUGAGUCUUUCCUAAUAGAAUUUUUAAUACUUUCAUGCCUUUUAGUAUAAGUACAUUUGAUCUUAAUGAUUCAGUUCCACUACUUGCUAUUUUGUCAUUUAAUAUGCUUUUGUCUAAGUUUUUAUUUAUUUGUUACUGCAACUCCUUAUUUAAUUUCGCUUCUGCCAUCGUUUUCAAAAUUUGAGUAAUAUUUAUACUUUUUUAAUAACAUUUUCCAAAUAUUAGAAAAAAUUCGACAUGAUCAGUGUUCUUGCCUUUUCAUGUGAUUAAUUUGACUAUAUUAAACUUUUUCUCUCAUAUUUGUGAUAAUGCUGCAGCCUUCCUAUAAUAUAAGCCAUCUGGUACCAAAAUUUAUAUAAUAUGGAUAACCCAGUAGAAUUGUUUUGAUAAAAGAAGGUUCACCUCUGACAUGAUCCCAUAACACUGACUGAUAUUCCACUAUAUUUUCGUGUUCUUUGAAUGCUUUAAUCUUUUGAACUUUUCUUCUUAUAAGUUACCAAUAUAUGCAAUUGUAGAUGUUAUUAAUAUUUUAAAAGACAACUAUUUUCACAAGAAAGCAAAACUAUUUCUUACAGCAAAGGAAAACUUUAGAUUCUAAUUCUAAAGCCAAUUCUUAUUAUAAAAUUGAAAAAUAAGUGGGAAAGAAAGGCCAUUGUUCAAGUUACAGAUCAAAGCUUAAGUGUUUUUAAUUACUAAAAUUGCUGUACUAGUAUAAAAAAAUCCAUUCUACAUUCAUUUGCUUUUUCUUUUAUUAACUUCCUAAUUUUAGGAGAGAAGAGGAAAAUCCACAAAUAUUAGCAUUACCCUAAUAAGUCUCUCUCCCUUCCCCUUUCCCAUCCCCAAAUGUAUACAUGUCCAACAGCAGAAGCAGAAACAAUAGGACUUAGAUCCUAAAGAUUUUCCCAGUGAGUCAAAUAGCGUGUUUCAUUAUGGUACAUACUCAUACCAUAAUGAGUAUGUUUGCCAGCCUAUUGGUUUCAUGAGAACAGUAGGACAAUAUGAUUAUAUACUAGCAUACAAGUAUCCCAUGCACAUUAAUUAUUCUCAGUUUCUAGAAAUAUAAAUAGACAUUAAAUGUUAAUAGACUUAUUAAAGUCCCACAAUGAAAUAUCAAAAGUUUUUGUUCUGUAAGUAAACAUUAUUAACCACUGAUGUUAAAGAUAUUUUAAUACCAUUGUCCUUGAGAACAAAAAAAGUUAAUGUUUUGAUUUUCAAGAUGUUAAACAUGAUGCUAAACAAAUCCUGGACUGUUAAUAAAAGUUAAUGAUGUAUUAUUGGAUAAGGAAUUUUGAAUAAUAAUUGAUACCCAAGUAUGUUUCUUCCACAGAGCUGUAUAGAUGAUAUGCAUACACACAUAUGUGUAUAUACAUACAUAUAUAAAUUAUUUACAGAUGCACAUUAUAUACAUAUGCAUAUAUAUAACUCACAUGUAUACACUUUCUUGGAAUUUAACUUUAUUUUGAGAAGCUAAUUAAAGCUGAAGAAUUUAUUGUCAAACUGUAUAUAUUGAAAACAUCAUCAACUUUCUUUAUGGCCUGGCUUGACAGACCAAACAUGUUACUUCUAAAAACUGAGUAAGAGGGUAAAAAUUCUUCUUAUAUAACUAAGUAAAGCCCAUUUUAAUUUUUCUUUUUUUUGCAGAGUAUCUUCUAUAUAUAAAUAUAAAAAGUUUUUAUUUACUUAGUCCCCAUUUUGAAAGGCCAAUCUGAAGAUAUCUGAAAUUCACUGUGUUAGAAUGAAAUGGAUAAUAUAAAUAUUAGUACAUGUACCAAUCACAAAGUAAUAACUCUGCAGCCUGUUUUCCUAAAAUCUCUUAUACAAUCAGAGAUAGAAUGAUAGUAGCAUCUCAAAAGAUAAAGGAUUUUGGAAAAUUAAAACUUUAACUUCCUUUCCUGUCAGCCAAUUUCAGAAUGAUGGCUUAGAAAAAGAGGUAUGAUUUAGUUUAUAAUACUACUUUAUAAAUUUCUGCCAAAAAUGUCAGUACAAUAUUUUCAAACAAAUUUAUACAAAAAUCCCAGAUAUAAGAGUGUGUUUCAUAGAUUAAUGCUACAUUUAAUUAAAGUAAUGAAUUGGGGGUCAUAUACACAAGAAUUUUUUUUGUAUUUCCCAGAAGUAGUGUUUGGAUAGUAUUAAAAUGUAGAAUCAAGGGACUAGAAAAGACUUCACAGGGACAUCCUAUCCAACUUUGAUAUCAUGCUUCAACAUGCCCUACUGUUAUGAUAAUAAAUUAUUGGCCUCUAGACCUAUACUUUAACUAAGAUGUAUUCUGAAAUCUCUAUAGACUUCUGGGGAAAAGAGCAAAAUUUUCUAAAGGGUGGGUAUAAUAUCUUAACUGGUGCUGUUUCUUUCAACUGUAUCCAAUGCUUCCAUUCCUCUGCAUAAAUUCCUAAAAAUAUGCUAUCAGCUCUGUCCUUCCAUGUUGAGUACCACUUUCUGAUUAACAGCUAUUGUUGUUUGUUGGACCUGCUGUAUGUGUUUUUGUCUCUUUACUUUUAUGUAUUGCAUAAAGUUGCUAGUAUUUCCUGCCUUCUCAUGAUUCCUCUCAGAAAUCAAGUGUCAUUCAAGACUACUUGUUUUCACAUUGUCAUUUUUGUCCUUUCCACCCAAUAUAAUUUUCUUCAGUUUUCUAUAUACUGGUUAUCUUAAUACCUACUUUCUGAUCUGUCAGAAUCUGCAAAGUAAAAGAGCAGGCAUUGAUUUUGAAUUAGUGAACUAACAGAUUGAGGUUUUCCAGUUUUACCAUUCUUUUUAGGUAUGCUGUUUAAAAUAGUAUCAGCUAAUAUAAUACCAACCCUGAUUGUAUUGAAGAAAAGAUACACAGCAAUAGGCUGAAUAGUCACUAAAACAUUUUAUCUAAGCUAGUGAGUGAUAUUAUAUUGACAUCUGACUUACUUUUAAGACAUGUAAUUAAAAAUUUUUCCAGCUGAUUUGUCAGUUUUCCUCACUUGAUAUGUAUUUCUUAGUUAAAACAAGCCAAUACUAGAUUAUUUACUAAUAUUUUGGUACAUAAUUUUCUUAGUGAAGCUAGUUUUGCAUUUCUGUCAAGGUAUGUACCCAUGAGUAAAUGUCAUUUAGUAUUUCUCUAAAGAUGAGUCAUAAACGUUGUGACACACUUCUUACCUUUUGAAAACAGGGAUAUGAGAAGCUGUACCCCAAACCUAGGAACUAAAUCUCUCCCCUUCCUUCCCUGCUAAGAGUUUUUUCCCCACUUUAACCAUUUUAUUUACUGGGUUUUUUUUUCUCAUGAGAGAAAAUUUGGGAAUCCCUAGAUCCUCACACUUCUUUGGGAUAUACUUACAAGUAUAGUAGGCCUAAAAAGAAAAUUUUUAAUAAGAAUGUCCCUUGAUUAGACUCUUACUUUUUUCUUCAUUUCCUCCUUCAUGGGGUAGAAAAGAUAAAACACAUCUCUGAGACUUUUUCUUUCAUGGGGAAAGUAACACUUUUGAGAAGACGCUAAUUUUUUGUGUUGAUAUGUUGUUUUAUAAGGAGUGUCAGGUUUCUGCUCUAAAUUCUAAAGCCUUCAAAAUAAAUGUCUCCGAGUUUUUAGCAUUUAUUCUCUUCCUCUUACUGAACAUUAGCAAGUUCUGUGGCAUUUUCUGUAGUCUUUGAUAGGUUUCAGUAUUUUAAGAAGUUUUCCCUUUGGAAAAUUCCAAACUAUAAAUCAAAUGUACUCUUCAUGCCCCAUGAAUUCCCUAAGCCUUCCAGUUGUCCUCUUUCAAUCUGGAAAGAAUUCCCUGUCUAUUCAUCUGAAUAUCUACUUUCCAACUUGUUUUCCAAGUACCAUAUCAUUAUUGUUUGAAUCAAUUUUAAAAAAACAAACAAACAAAAAACAGCUAAGUGUGCUAACAAUGAGAAAAACCUCCCUCCAUCUGGUUCUUCCCCAUACUGGCUAUUAGCAUUCUGAAGCACCUCUGUUUUCUAUUUUGCAUAGAAUUUCUCCAAAUUUUAAAGACCGUGAUUCUUUUCUUAUCUACCCGAUUUAAUUAACUUUCUUGGACUUAAAAUGACAGAGCUUAAGGAUAUUUACUGUGUAGUCAUUAUUUCUGCGGUUAUCUCUGGUUUCAUUUUCAAAUGUGGCUCUAAACUGAAAGAAAAGAAAUGCCAUCUAGUAUACUUAAUUUUGGAAGAGUUUUGCCCCAUUCCAACUAUAUUUAAAAAUGUUGAAAUUCACAGGAUAUUCCUACAAAAGAUAUCUGUACUGGGCUAAAUAUAUAAUCUAAUAAUACUAACUUGACUUGUAGAUUUUGGAAAUAAAAGCAAGAGAGAAAACAAGGAUCUUUCCUUGCCUCAACUUGACUAGAAGAGGAUUAAAGAGAAUUCCAAUGGAACCAAAUAAUCCAAUUUGUAGAAUUUCUAAUAGUAUAAUCUAACAUGAAAGAAAAAAAAAACAGGUUCUAUGGGGAAAGAUGUUUUGGCUUAAGGAAUCUAGCUUAAAAGCAACUAAUUCAUGCUUGAGAGAGUGUCAUCUUGGUUUUCACAGCUUCUUUCUUUCUUUCAUUUCUGAGCUUAUUGGUACUCUGAUAGCACCGUUUUUCUCACAAUGGUUUCCAAUAAUAGAGUGAGCAUUUUGGAAGUAUGAAAAAAGAACCAAAAAGUUUUUGUUUAACAUGGAGCGUUAUAUCUUUUUAAUCUUCAACUUAUUUUGCUUUAUAUGUUAUAAAUAUAUAAAAAGGAAAUUUUAAAAGAUGACGAUCAGGAAGAGUUACCUCAGUGUCUAACUCCUAAAGGGCAGAUACAACUAUAGAGAAGAGAAUAUGUUAAUUAAUACACAUCUUUCUAUAUAUCUGUGCCUUAUUCUUACUGUUUCCCAAAAUGAUUUUAUAGAUGCCACCCUGGAAAAUAAUGAAAUAUAGACAUUCUGUAUUGUACUUUAGCAAAUUUAUAUUUUUGAAGUUAAAAACUUCUUUUAUAGAUUCUGAUUUAUGAUAUAAACCUAACACUACACAAGCCAUUUAAUCAUUCACUUGCUUCUUGAAAAUUACAUUAUAAACCAUUGUCACUUUUGCUUAAAAGUUGUAUAUCCAACAGAGAAUUUAGCUUUUCUGCUUUCUUUUAAAUGAUAAACUAUUUGGGGAAAUAUUCAAAAUUCAUUCUAAAGAUCAUUUCUUCAAAUAAAUCAUCCACUUGGUCUUUCUUUAUUAAACAUCCUUCAAAAUAAACAUAUUCUUACUCUGUAGGUAAAGAUAACCAACAAUAUAGUUUUCACUGACACGAUUUAAUCUCAGGUCAUGCAGUUUCAAAAGAAUCUUGUCUCUAUUGUUAAUAAAGUACAGUCUGUUCUAUUAUAAUAAGAUAAACUUAUAAUUAGGGUCUAUCUGAAUAGGGUCAUGUGUAAGAAUGUAAGUACAUUUUUUCUCAGAAAUAAUUACAUACUCAGAGACUUGGCCAAAUUCCAAUAUGAAUAUUAGCUUUAAGCUUCUGUGAAAUAUGAUUAUAUGGAUUCAGAAUUAGGAGUCCUUGUUCUCCAGCACUUACUUCCUCUUGAAUCACUCUCACUCCCAACUCAUCUAUGGACGAGGUCCUCUGAUGUUUUGUCAAUCAUAGGAAGUUCUGCUUUCACUUCUCUUUGUAGAAGUCAUUUUCUGACUUUGCUAAUCUCUGCCCCAAGUUCUUACUAUAUGUGGAAAUGAUAUAUUCAUCAUUAAAUCAGGACACUUGAGAGUGAAAGGGGACACUAAAAAUAAUUAAAAUGAUACAAUUUUUGAAAUAUGUACUUAUUAGCCAAUAAACAAGUUGAUCUUACCAAUAGACCUAUAAAACUAUUCUAUUCAAAGUCUACUUUUCAAAAAUAAAAUUCUAAUAAUAGACAUAAACUUAGAAUAUCCCAGGGAAAUUAGAAUGUUGGUAACACUACUAAUACAUUACAAAAUGAAAUUAACAUUAAACUGGGAUCAAAAAUUAUAGUCUGAAAGGGUUUAAGCCUCAAGGAAUAGGCCUGAAUUCCUUUAUUACUUUGGUCCUUGAAGCUUUAUGAUUUCUGGUUUAGCCAUUGAUAUAGCUAUAUAAAUUGAAUUGUUUAGGUAUAAGCCUAUUUCCCUAUGUUACAAACACAAAAUCACAGAAUCAUAUUAACUUGAAAACUACAAAGUCUACAACUGUGGAAAAUACUCUUAAGAUAUCAGUCUUAAAAGACGGGUAACUUAACCUUGUAACUAAAUUUGCUAUGUAAUAACUAGGUAGUUCUCAAGAAAAACUUUGGUUUAGUCAUUGAAGAUUAUUUAAAGUCCAUGAUAAUACUCCGUAUAAAACUGUGUUAACUCUGUUGAUAAUUUGCUAUAAAAUCUUGCUUAGAUUAUCACAUUUUUGCUUACCAUAUUAUUCCAAAGCAACAAUAACCUCUUAUUUUUAUAGCAGUUUAUAAUUUACGAGCACUUUUUGUAUAUUAUCUCAUUUUGUCCACUCAAUAUAUUUGAGAAAUAAUCAGGCAACUUUUAUAAGAGAAGUGAGGAUUAGAGUAAAAGAAUUGCCCCAAAUGACAUUAGUAUUAAGUGGCAGAACCCAAACUUUUGAUUACUAAUAAAUUUCACCAGUAAGGAGGCAGGUCAUUUCUGGAGAGUACAAGAGCGGAGAGAGGAAGAUCCUUAAAGAACAUAAUACGUUUUAGAAAUAAUUGUUGUCCAAUCUAAGAUUUAUGGACCAUCUUCCAUUGAAUCACUAAAAUUAAAUCUAAUACAAACACAAAAUGUCUAUUCUAAUCCCUUCAGCAUCUGGGAUUCAGAAUCAGAAAAUAUUUCAAUUCUAAAAUAAAU